GGUGCAUGUGUAUACAUACAGUUUCGUUCCGAGAACGCUGCGCGAGCGCCUGUCCGGAUUCCCCAUCGCCUGAAUAAAAUGAUAGCACAGUGUACGCAGUCGUAAUCUCAGGUACACAUCGGCCGCGUAUCUUGCCCCUUCGCCGCUGGCGUGUUUUAGACAACGAUUAAACAACCCGCAGGAAUAAGAAUGCAGGAGUCGUGUUGAAGUGGAGCAUAGCAGACGAUGAUAUUUCGGUAAACAGGAGAUCAUCACAUAUCGAGUGAGAGGGAGAGAGGGAGAGAGAGCAUCCCAGCUGAACUUUUGAGAACGCGGCAGACAUAGAACAACUUAGCCGAUUUGCCUCUGGAGGAUACUGCGACGACUCAACAAUCGUCUACCUUCAGCAUCCCUGUGUAAUACUAACUGCACUAGAGGUUUUGGGUUACAAAGUUGUUGCAUCUUCUAGUACAAGUGUCAAACAAGACUACAAUGAGUACAUGUGGACUAUGAGAAAGGACUUUGCGGAGCCAGAACCCGAAGCUGUUAUUAAAGCAGUAGGUCUCAGAAUCAAGUAUGGAGUCAAGUAAUCAUUCGCAUGAUGAUGGUUCAUGCUGCAAUUGCAAAUCUGGAAACUCAGCCAGACAGACUUUAUCCGAGUUGGACUUUGAGCGCGGUAUAUGGUAUGCAGCUCAGACUAAUGAUUUGGAUAGAGUAAAAUCCCUUUUGAACAAAGGUACAUCUCCAGAUGUAGAAGAUGCUGCUGGAUACACUGCUCUGCACUAUGCAGCUCGCAAUGGUCAUGAUAAAGUUUGCAAAGAGCUCUUGUAUCGUGGAGCCAACGUUAAUGCAGUCACCCGAUCAGGAAAGGCAACAGCUCUGCACAGGGCAGCAACCCAGAAACAUGUCCACAUAGUGGAACUAUUAUUGAAAGCCAAUGCAGAUGCUAAUAUUCAGGAUGCGGAUGGUUUUACUGCUCUUCACAGAUCAAUAACAUCAGAUUGUGACCCAGUUUCCAAGCUUUUGAUUCCAAAAACCAAGCUGGAUUUAAUGGACAAAUCAGAAUGUACCCCAAGACAAUUGGCGGAGCAAAAAGGAAAAACUAAUUUAUUUUUCUAAAGUUAAACAAUAAACGUUGACCAUUUUUAAAUUCAA